AUGCGGGGCUCCUUCGGUGCCGAUCAGGCGACGCUCGAUGCUUACUGCGACAUCUGGCACGGCGUGGACGACAUCCCCGAGACAGAGGAGUGCAAGAAGUCUCUGGGCUUUGUCGCCGUGCAGCCAGAGGUGCACAAGUGCUGCGGCUACCCUGUGAAGAGCAACGACAACGGGACCUGCGUUUGGAAGUGGCCUCAGGCGGAUCAGGCGGAGGAGUGCAUGGAGCUGCCGGGUCAUUGCUGCCAGGAGAGCGUUGUGAGCCAACCAGGCUCUUGCUCGGCCGAGGUGACAUGCCAGGCUCAAGUCAUGAAGAAUCUACGAACGACGGAGGUCUUUUUGGACACCGUGAAUGCUGGUGUGAAGAAGUGGUGGAAUGGCCGGCGGGAUGAGUGUUGGGCGCGGCAGUGGCGCACGCGCAUGUUCGAGUGCCUCUCAACUCAUGAUGUGGGAAGGCCCAGCACGCGUACCGAGGAGUGGUUGCAGGGCUUGCUAAGGUACUUCGCGAGUGAUUCGUCGAACCAGGAUAGGUGGCAGGCUUACUUGGACAAUUUGGAGAAAUUGGGCAUCAAGCACCUGCAGCUGGAUCACCUACAGAACGGCCCCACGAACUUGGGCAGUGAUGAAGUGGUGGUGCAGUGCAUGCUCCCUUUCAUAAACAAUGGCUUCCCCUACGUUCCCUUCAGUCUAAAGCUCUGGAGCUUCCUGAAAGUUGGAGUCUACGACCCUUCGGAAGGAAAGAUCUUCGGUGCAAGCCUUCACAAGUUGACGACGGCGAUGACGAUUCCCCGCGCUGUGGACGAGUGGGGCAACGCCAUCGCCAUUCCCGGCCACAGCCAGGAAACAUCGGAGAGCUUCGAGCUGAACUUCACGGCAGAGGAGCUCGCGGCCGUGGAGCUCACAGACCGCCUCGGCACGUUAGAGGUUCAAUGUGGAGCCGUGAUCGCGGGUGCCAGCUCGCCGUUUGGCAGCUCCCUCUCCGGGGCUAUGGUCACGGCGGUGGCUGGGGAGAGUACCAGCCAGAUGUCCCCGACGGACACAAAGGACCUUGUGGAGCAACUCGUUAAGAAGGGCGGAGUGCAGCUUCGAUUCCGGCGUGGAGUGGACCCAAGCUUCUGCACGGGGAACAUCUGCGAGGACCGCACCGUCAUCGAAGGCUCCGACACCUGGACCCGAUGCGGGAUCUUCAUGAACGCAUGCGGCGGCUACUGUUGUUGCCCGGCGGGCACCGAGUACUCUGGCUCCUUUUUGGGAAACCGCUGCACCACUUGCGGAGCGAUCCUGAGCUGA